UCACUCAGCGGCUUAUUCUCUGGUCUUCUGUCUGUCUGGUUUUGUUUCUACUGAUGUCAGCCUACAGUCCUUUAAACCAGGGGCUCUCAGUCUGCUAUUCCAAAUACAGCCCACAGACCACUCAUCUCUGGGUUGUUCCAGCAUUCCAAGGAGGUGGUCCUGUGGACUUACAGAUAUCUUCUGGCUCCUGGGCUCAAGGUCAAAAGGCAAGAGAAGACACUGGUGCUGGGAUCCACCACUGGCUUUGUAGCUGCCAUCUGAGGAAGAGUCUGCUGAAGGAGAAGGUCAUGGACUUGAUGACCUCUACUGCGACCCUGCCUCUGUUAUUUAGCUGCCUGGGCAUCUUUGGUCUCUUUCGGCUGCUGCAGUGGAUGCGCACAAAGGCCUACCUGCGAAAUGCCGUGGUAGUGAUAACAGGCGCCACCUCCGGACUGGGAAAAGAAUGUGCCAGAGCCUUCCAUGCUGCAGGUGCUAAGCUGGUGCUCUGUGGCCGGAAUGUAGAGGCCCUCGAAGAACUCACCAGAGAGCUCAUGGCUUCUCAUGCCUCCCAGGGGCAGACGCACAAGCCUUACACAGUGAUCUUCGACCUCGCAGACACUGGGGCUACUGUUGCUGCAGCAGCUGAGAUCCUGCAGUGCUUUGGCUAUGUAGACAUACUCAUCAACAAUGCUGGGAUCAGCUACCGAGGGACUGUCAUGGACACCACAGUGGACGUUGACAAGAGGGUCAUGGAGACAAACUACUUUGGCCCCAUCGCUCUAACAAAAGCACUCCUGCCCUCCAUGAUCAAGAGGAGGCAAGGCCACAUCGUCGCCAUCAGCAGCAUCCAGGGCAAAAUCAGCAUUCCUUUUCGAUCAGCAUAUGCGGCCUCCAAGCAUGCAACCCAAGCCUUCUUUGACUGUCUGCGUGCUGAAAUGGAACAGGAUGAGAUCCAGGUGACUGUAAUCAGCCCCGGCUACAUCCAUACCAACCUCUCUGUAAAUGCCAUCACUGCUGACGGGUCCAGAUAUGGAGCUAUUGACAAGAACACAGCCCAGGGCCGAAGCCCUGCAGAGGUGGCCCAAGAUGUUCUUGCUGCUGUGGGGAAGAAGAAGAAAGAUGUGAUCCUGGCUGACUUGCUGCCUUCCUUGGCCAUUUAUGUUCGAACUCUGGCUCCUGAGCUCUUCUUUAGCAUCAUGGCCUACAGGGCCAGAAAGGAGCGAAAAGCUAAGAAUUCCUAAUCCUGGCCAGAGCUAGCAACUCCAACCAAUUCAAGCUAUGAUGAGAAGCAAUAUCUCCCAGGCUUGACUGCUCUACCAGGGAUAGGUGUGCUUGAAACUUUAAUGGUGAUUUGCCCUCCAGAUAGAAAAGACUGAAGAAACAUUUCUCCUGCAGGUUCAUGGUGCAGCCUCUGCAGAUGGAGAACAGGAACCAAACAGGCAAUGAGCUUCUUCCUAGGGGUGAGGAAUAAACACUUAAGGAAUAAACAUGGAGAUGGGUUUCAGUUCUAAAAAUAUGAAAUAAAUGAUAGGAACAGUAAGAGUCAUAAACCUCAGUGACUAGAAGAACCAUAUGUCCUUGAAUUUCAGCCUUGAUGAUUGUUAGAAAAUGUCUAUCUUGGAAUCAGAUGUCAUAACAUCACUUGAUCCAGAUGUUCUCGUGUUUGACGUAUCCAAGAUCACUUAACCAAUUUGCUUUGGCAGAGACAACCUCCAGCACUUGGGAGAGAAGGUUGCAGUUAUAGGAAAUCGUUAUUCAUAUCCCUUUCCAGGGUCCUGUGAAAGCCCAUUCAACACAGAAAAUGGUGGGCUAGUGUGUGAUGGGUUAUGUGGUACAUCCCAAAUAAUCCUGGCUUUAGCACUAAAAGCUAUUCCCUAUAUUCCUGCUGACUAUAACCACUGCCUUGCAGGAUGCCAGGCACCACUCAAAGCAGAUGAAUUUCCUAAAGAGGUAGCAGCCAUAAGGAAGACCCCUGCAUGGCCCUAGACAUCCGCUAGAAAAAGAAACCUUUAGAGACUGACCUGGUGAGCAGAGAGUUGAAGCAGUAGCCGAUUUCCUGGUGGAGGGAGUUCAUUCACUCAUUAUUGCCAGAAAGGCAGCCUGGGUCCACCUUUGAUUUAUUAAAAGUACAUAGUUGAGGUUCUUCAAUGAGUUCUUCAUUUAGGGAAAAUUUUUUUCCUACUAAUGAAACUGAAGUUGAAAUAGUAGGUCUAUUAUAGACUUCCCCAAGUUGGAAUAAAAGUCUCUUAGCAAAUGAUGCUGAUGUCUUGCACUGACUUAACUCUGGCUCUGUUCAACUCUUGUUUUAAACAGCUGCCUCUGACAGAUGAUAAAGAUAGUUACAAGAGCCUGGGUUUAGGGCACUGGAGGCUUUCAAGUUUCCUGGGAGUAGAAGAACAAGUGGGUGAUUAGAUCUGGUGCCCUGGCUCACAACACAUCCUGUGGACAUUCCAGAAGCCUUGGAUGGAUGAAGUGUGAAUAUAGACAAGGAUGAGUGGUUCUUCAUCUUCCACAGGAAUCACCACCCCAUUCCUGACAUAGGAAAGAAAGUUUCUCAAUGUCCAGGGUGGGCUGGAGCCGAGGCAGCAGCAACUGUUCCAGAAUUAGUCCAGUCUCAAGUCAAGUGAAACUGCCAAGCAUGUGGCAAGUUCAAGGAGAGGGCUCUCCCUCUAAGUGAAGUGAAAGAACACCUCUCCUUAGACAUUUGUUGACUGGCACUUUUAGAAUGACCCAUGUCCAGCUGCUGUCCUUUCCUGUCCACUAAAUAAGAUGGUCAGCAUUGGAUAUACUGCCCUCAGAAAAAAGAGUUCAGCAAUGGUGUCCUCCAUCUUCAGAAGACAGGGAAUCUCACAGCCACUGUUCAAGGUAUUGCUUUGGGAGCCACUGUGGCAGGUGGCUAUGAGCCACGAAGCCCUAUGAGCCUGCAGCUGUGGUGCAGGAAGCUUGGAACCUUAGGUUCAUUUCACCAUGUGGAUGCUUAAGCCAUGUCCAGUGGUGAACAUGUGGUGGUUUCUUUACCUAACAUUUUUAAAAACUUUCUAAAAUGUAUAAUUUUCCCAUAUGAAUAGAAAGUAUAACGUAAAAUGUAAUUAUUAACAUCUAGGAAAAUACAGCUACUUGCUAGAGGCUGAGCAUGGGGCUCCCUGCUCUUGAGGCUGACAAAUUCCAGGGGAGUGUUAAUGUUAGAUGAUGCCUGUAGCCCCAGAGACCAUGUUCCAAAUGGCCUGUCAUCAGUGUGCUUCAAGUUCUCUGUUGCUCCUAAAAUGUCAUUUCAGGUACCUCUGGAAUUAAGCAAGCAUUUCUGGAGAGAGCACUGGUUUGGACAAAUGCAAGACCUCCUGAGGCAGCCUGUUCUCAUGUGGAGGGCAACUAGUGCAUCUUCCUGUGACUGAGCCUCCACCUGCACAGCCUGCCUUCAGUUUGUGGCCUCUGAACAACCUUCAUUUUAAUCUUGAACUUUUCGAAACAGUGUUUGAAUGUAAGAACUUGCCACCAGGGGUAGCCAUUUUGCUGCUGUUCCAGUUUAGUUUUUCUGUUCUGGGAGGUUUUUUUGUUUUUGUUUUUUGGGCCCUCUUUCAAUCUUGAAUUCUGCUGGGAGGUCUGAAAAACACUGUUUAAUUGGUUCUGCCUUCAGAUAUCUGAUUAAGUUCAAAGACACUAUCUACUUUCCUUUCAAGUCUUUUGGUGCCAUCUUGUGCUUCCUGCUCAAAACUGAGACUGAAAACUAAAACCAGUUUUUCCUUCCCAGCCAACAAGUGCAGAGGGGAAACAGUGAGAACACAGUCUCUUGGGUGCACAGCUUGGUUCACAGCAAGUCUCCCACCCUUUUGGGACAGGUGGGCGUGAUAGUGGCUAAACCAGAUGUGAAAACUGGAGGAGUCACAAGAGGCUGAGGAGAAGACCUAGGUGGAAAGAGCAUCAGGGUCUGCCCUUCACAUUUCCUGGUUAGCUUCUCUGAAACUGGAUGGGGUGGGUAGUUAAGAUUAAAGUGAUUUGCUGGAUUAGUUACAUGACCCAUUCCCUGAAAUGACCCACAUGGGACUUGGGUGGAUUUUCCACAGGAUCUGCAUCAUGUGACCUUUGCUUUCUCUCAGUUGGCAGUUACUGAAAGCUAUUUCUAACUGGCAUGACACAGGUGAACAUGAGCCACUUGUCAGGAUCCCUGCUGUGACAGCUCCUCUGUGGAGGAGGGAGGUAUGUGUCUGUUGCUCCCAUGGCCUUGCCUUGGUCACACCCAUCCCUGCCCUGCUAUCUGCAGAGGCACUGCAGCUUCACUUGCAUGACCAGGGACCACAUAACUAAGAUGGCAUUUCACAGUCUGAGUUAGUACAUCUAACAAGAGUCACUUUGUAUAGUGUGACCUGAUUUCUAUUUUUGGUGAGGGCAUCUGCUUGGCUGACCCGAGGUCCCACAGCCUGUCCAAUCCUAGCCACCUCCCCCAUGAAAUCUGAUGUGCAAAGAGCACAGCCAGGCCAGGCAUGGAGCUCCCUUUCCAAAUCUGGACCUGUCUAUUACAAAAACACCUACCAUGAUUUCCUGCCCAGCAGUUGUCAAAGCCUGCGAGUUUUCACGGGCAAUGCAUUUCAACUUGUCCUACACAAUUGGGAUGAGGCCUGUUUGUCCAGGAUCGCUUUUGCCCAAUGCCAUUACCACUUUAUUGUUCCCACUGGCCAAAGGCCACCAUGUAAACCAUACUGUACACCUAACAUCUUGUCACUCAGCACUCAAUGAUUAGUAUUUUUACAACAAAGUUUUUAAAAUGUUUUGUGGGCUAUGGUACUUUUUAAAUCUUUGGAUCUCCCCUACCAAAAAUGGCUUAACCACCCCCAGAACCUUGCUGUGCACCCUGGGUGAAGCCUCCUUAUGGCUCUGAGGACCAGAGACCCUCCUGAUGGAUCCUUCGCGGCUGGGUGAAAGGUCAAUCUAGCCGUCUCUUGAAGACUGUCCUUCAUAAUUGCUAUGUGACUCUUAGGGGAGAACUGGGCCACUGAGGCCUCAGCCUUUG